UGAAGAAGGAGGAGGAGGAGUGCAGCCACAAAAAGCACCAGUGCCUUCCCACAGGGUUAGGGGAAAGAGUUCUUUUGCAGGCAAGUCUUGAUAGAAGCCUACCUGAGGGUGUUUUGGGGCAUGACUGAACAGAGAGGUGAAGUUGGUCACCUCAGGACUGGAGCUUCCUUGCUGCUGGUGCUGUGCCUGUGGCAAUGGACACAGCAAACUCUGGCAACACCCUGCCAGGGUGGUGAGCUGAGAAUAAUUGGUAAUGGUGAAAAGAAAUGCUGCCCCAAAUGCAGCUCCAGCACAGGAGACAACAGCAUCUGUCAAAAUACUGAAGACCAGGACUGCAAAUGUCGUCAGGGAUACAGCUGUAUUGAUCACUCAUGUCUCUUCUGCCAAAAACUGCCUGACUGUGCAGAGGGGGAGCAGCUGGUUAAGCAUGGCAUUUUAGACUUCACAUUUGAAUGUAAACCAUGUGAGAUUGGAACUUACUCUGACAUGAAGAAUGGCUGGUGCCGAAACUGGACUGACUGUGAAAGUUCUGGCUUUCUGACAAUCCAGCAGGGCAACAGUACACAUAAUGCAGUGUGUGGUUCCCUUCCUAAAGAUGUGGAGCAAGCUCCUGUUAGAACUGACUCUCCAUAUCCCACCAUCCUGGCCAUCCUUACUGCAGUGGCUGUGUUUGUUCUCAUCUUGCUGACCUUCCUCCUGCAUUUCUGCAUAUGCUCACUGAAGAAAGAAAAAUACCAGACAGCUGUGGAUCUGGAACAUGACUUCCCUGGGCUGCUGGGGGCUCCACAACUGUCACACCAUAGAGAAGAGACUUGCAGCUGCCAGUUUCCAGAAGAAGAACAUGGAGACAAAACACCAGAAGAAAAACCUUGCUAUUUCCACCCUCAGUGAAGCAGAUAAAUUACAGUUUGCUGUGAGAAUGGGGAGCUGACCUCUGCUUUUAAAAAAAUAAAGAAAAAAAAGAAGGGAGGGGGUGGGUGCAUAAAGCAGUGUUACACACAUGGCAAUGAGGAGUGAGUUUGGGGGAGGGAGUUUUGCUUUGUUUCUUCUCAACACACCUGUUUACAGACAUCGUUUAAUUCUCUUUUCUCACCUGGUAGAGUAGGAAAAAGCACUGGAAAACAGAGAAAUAUCAACAUUUGUUCCUGAUGCUUUUUUUCCCCACCCCAGAAGAAAAAGAACGUGAGUGUCUGUGUAGCACCAGUGGCUUGAGCAUCAGCUGGAAGAUGUUCCUCUUACUGAAAAUGUUACCAUGGAGGAUCUUUUUUUAAAUUAAAUUGGUGCUCCUCCAGUUUCAUAGUGCUCUAACAUGGCAAAAACUGUUUUGUCUGAAUUUAAGCAGGCAGAUUUCACCUGGAGCUGGUUGCUUUCUGUGAACCGAAACUGAUUUUAAGUAAGAAUCUACUCUGUGGCUUCACCUUGUUAAAACCUGCCUGUCUUUUCUAGAGAAUUAUGUUUUGUUUUGUGACUGCAGAUUCAAAACUCUGGAUGCCUUCUGGCUAAAGCCACUUGGAGCAUCUUUUAUGACUGAAUCAGCUCUGGGCAGCAAGGAGUUACCUUCCCAGGGAAGGUUAUAAAUAUCUCAAAGUACAACCAUUACAUCAGCUUCCUCUUGAUUUCUUACAGAUAACGUAAGCAGUGCAGGACUUCUAAUAAAAUCCUAACAGAAUAAUGAAAUUUCUGUUAAUCAGCUUACUAAAGACUCAGGGGGGAUUAUUCCAAGUCUGAAUGACAUGUUUUAAAUAGGGCUCUGUGAAAUUACAGUGGCUGCAGAGCAGAAGC